AUGCCAUCCAAAGACGUUUACACGCGUUUAUUCGAACGAGACACAGUGAAUUCGUUAGUUCGACGUAAUUGUAGCAAGAGAAUGUGUCAAGAUUCAUUGGACUUGGUACUAUCUUCUGUUUAUAAUCAUGAAAAAGAUUUAUUUGUUAGCAAAUUUGACACAUUAUUGCAACUCGAAAAUGCCAAAUACAAUCCAAUCAAAGAAAAAUUGUAUAUGGAAAAACUUGCGGCUCAAAGAAACGAUAUUCAUCAUCCUCUUGUUAUGGGUGGAAUAACGGAAAGAAAAUCUCCGCAUAGUAUAAAAUUGAUCUGUUGCGGUCAACAUACGCCAACCACAAAUCCAGGAUACUCCAGACAACCACUCGAUGGAAACAUUUUCAAAUAUUGAUACUAUUUAUUUAUUUAAUUGAAUAUCGAAAAGGAGAGGCGUCUUCAUGUAUAACAGCCUCUGGCUACAAAAAUUAUGUACUGGGUAUGUCUUGAUAGUCAUAUCCCACCAUUGACUGCAUUUAAUAUGCGGCCAACGAUGCACUAUGAAUAAAAGUAAAGUGAGUACCCUUU